AUGUCGAAAACUGCAGGUCGCGCCGACUGGGCCGACGAUGAGGACCUCGACGAUACUACUAUCUCCAACGAUCUCCCUCCAUCUACCACCACUACCAACAAGGAUGGUACCAAGACGAUUAUCUCGUGGAGAUUCAACGAUGAUGGCAAGAAGGUCAAGACUACACGCCGGAUCCGAUUCACAGUACACAAGGAGGUCGUCAACCCACGGGUAGCAGAGCGCAAGCAAUGGUCCAAGUUUGGACUCUCCGCCAAGGAUGGAUCCGGGCCCGCUACGGAUACCACGAGCGUAGGCGAGAAUAUUAUCUUCCGACCCAGCACCAACUGGCGUAAGGACGCAAAGGAGGAGAAGACGGAGGCUGGCAGCAUGAAGGACAAGCUGAAGGACAAAAAGGUCAAGUGCCGCAUUUGUAACGGCGAGCACUUCACCGCGAGAUGUCCGUUCAAGGAUACCAUGGCCCCGGUCGGCGAGGAAAAUGCCUCGGCCGACGCCGCCGGCGGUGCCGCAGACGUCGCUGAAGGACCCGGAGGUCUCGGUGCGGGCAAGAGCUCGUACGUGCCACCGCAUAUGCGUAACGGGGGAGGGGCGGCGGCUGCCGGAGAUCGGAUGGGAGGCGGCAAGUACGAGCGCGAUGACCUGGCUACGCUGCGCGUCACGAACGUGUCGGAGAUGGCGGAGGAGCAGGAGCUGCGUGACAUGUUUGAGAGGUUCGGGCGCGUCACCCGCGUCUUCCUCGCCAAGGAUCGGGAGACGGGAAUGGCGAAGGGUUUUGCGUUUAUCAGCUUCCAGGAGCGGACGGAUGCGGCCAAGGCGUGCGAGAAGAUGGACGGUUACGGCUUCAAGCAUCUGAUUCUCAGAGUGGAGUUUGCGAAGAAGGCUGCUUAG